GCAAGUUUAAUUUCCGUGCAUACCUACACCCUACCAAAUCCUGAAAAGGAAGUAUUAAAAACAUGAACCGUAUACAGGGUCAGUGAAUAAUUACGAGUUGGAGCAAUAUAAAAGGCAUCUUCCCUCACAAACAUUCUCGUUAUGUUUUUGCACGUUUCUCAGCGCACCGGAAGAGUACAUAAGAGUGUUCUUGCUUUGCUAUGAUACCUAACCGCGUAUUUCCGUGAUAUGCACGGUUGUUCGGUCUAAGAAUGAUACGAAUGCCCGUGGACCGAGCAACAUAGGGAAGUAACCUUCUGCAACGGUGACGAAAAGUACCUCCAAGUUCACGUGGAAAACGAAUUAUAACGAGAAGAACCAUUGAAUUGAGCUUAUCGUAUGAAUACGGAGUGUUACAUGCCAUGAACUGAGUUCAUGGCAUCAAAAGACGUACAUUCACCCGCAAAUAUAUUACUGCGUUAAACGAACAAAAUCCGUAAGAUAACAUGUUUGGUGUGUGAGCACAGUCCUAUGAAGCAGGUACAGUCCGAAAACAGACGGACUCAUUUUUUAUUGCCUUACAUAUCACCUGGUACUAAGAGAGAAAUGCAACAGCUUAAACUCCUUGCCGGUCUGUGCAUACCUUUAUGGUACUUUUUUGGAGUAUCAGACUUGUUCACCGAUGUAAAUUCUGUUUUGCACACGGAAUCUCCCAUUUCUCACAAUGGUACCACCGUAUUCGUGCUAACAUUGUCCUGGCAAGACCAUACGUCUUUCCUUUGUGUUCAAACACAAUUAUAAAGCCUCCUCACAGUGCUGCACUCCCUAUCUCCAAUACCUCGUUCAAUUUGCCGUAAAUGUAUAAAUUCAGAGCAUCCCUCAAAACAAACAUAUUAAUUUACAUCGCCGCUAUAAUAGCAAAUGAGGUUGUUCCCGUUCUAUGUUCAACUAUCUCUCAACACUCAACCUCAGCCUGCACAAGCUGUACAUCGCAUCAAUACCCAUUCUAUCCUCGCUCCUCACCAUUUUCAUACACAGUACGGGCUCAUCCAUGAAGAUAAACCUGCCGCUCUCGUUGGGCAUUAUAGCCGUGUCCACGAUAAACCUGCUGUUCCAGAAGUCGUCGACCGUAAUUCGCGACAGCAGUGAGAUCAUCACGCUGUGCUGCGGACUGGGCAUACUCGCACAGUUCCUGUUCAACAUAACCAUGAACUCGCAGUACCAACCGCUGAUUGAUCUUGCACUAAAGCUCUUCGAAAAGAAAAUCAUCAUCAAUUUGCUGCCGAUUCUGUUCUCCGGGUUCGUUGAUCUCGGCAUUAUGACCGUGCUCAAGAGGGAGCACGCGGUGAUCUUCAAGGCAAUUAGCAGCGUGCUCACCAUCGUGAUCAUGACAGUGGUACGGAAGGAGUUGAUCUAUGACUGGCGCAUUCUUCUGCCGCUUCUGAUCAUACCGUCGUUCUUUCUUAUGUUCUUUUUGCCGAGCACGCCAGCAACAAAUCCUCGGCACCAGAAAGCGGAUAGAUACCGGCGUGCAUGCACGAGAAUGUCGUGUUUUAUCACAUCGCUCACGAUCACCAUAACAUGCUUUAUCCUGCUGAUCUAUCUCAUCAAGCGAAAUAGCAAUGUCAGCCGCCUCGGCAAUUUUCUGGUGUCUGCGGGACAACGCAUGGUGCCAUUGGCUGUGAAAUGCAAGAAUGGACUGAGCUGGUGUAAACGAAGCUCAAUUUCGCUUUUAGCAACGCUGAAAAAUAAGGCACAAGGUUUGUGGAGUUAUUUUGUCCGUCCGUUACAGAGAAACACACGGCAAACACAGACAUAGCCUACCCAAGACAAACACA